UAUAAUAAAGUGAAAUUACGUUAUUUAUAUUUCCAGUUUUGAUCGUUUAACUGGAUAAAUACUGAGGCUGGAAUUUUAUCUCCAAAAUUCGAAGACAGGCCUAGAUGUUGGAAAUAAGAGAGAAAGAAAAUGCCACCUAAAGCAGCAGCGAAAGGAGGAGCAUCCAAGCCAGCAACUAAGACGACGACCAAAACAGGUGCAGCUAAAGGAGGGGCUUCUGGAACUAAAACCGCUGCUAAAGGUGCAACAAGUAAAGAUGCUAGUAAAACAGACGUAAAGAAGGUUGAGGAAGAAAUGGCAAAAGUUUCCAUUAAGAAGGUCUUAGUUCCUGAAGAAAUUGGGUUUAAGGAAGUUGCUGUACUGCUAAACUUAAGUGGUGACCUUGGACAAAAAAUAAAAGACUCAAAAAGGUGGACGUUUAUGAUAGACAGAAAUGGGAACGUACACACGUUUCUCAAGUAUAGAGAUGUUAACAUGAUCAGUGUCACAUCAAGUUUAGACUUCCAGAAGGAACCUUUGAGGAAAGCAUUGAUGGGGGCUCUAAGGUUCGGUAAGCCUCAUAUUAUAGACAUUAGCGAUGCAGAUCAAGGAAAGGCUCUGGACAAAGCACGAGAAAUUUACAAUGAAAUUUACGAUGGACUUUGGGACGAUUUAAUGGACAGAAGUUUAUUAGAUUUUGAGAAGUGUGGAAAAUUGUAUCAAGCAAAUGAUGAUCAAGAAUAUCAUAACGCUUUUGACUACAGAGUGUCAGACUUCCAAUUCAUGGUUUACACGACUGCAGACCCACCAUCAACAGCUAUGGACACAUUCUUCCCUGUUUACAUUGAUUAAAAAUACACUGUACUGUUUCGUUGUUUUAUAAUGAUUUAGAUAUGAUUCGUAGCGUGAAUAUUAACAAUAAGCCAACAAGAACGCAAGCGUGUUUGAGUACUGCAAGAUUUAUUUUAAGACUCUGUUAAAUAAACAUUUAGUCAGAUAUGCUGCGCGUUAGUCAAGCAUGAAUUUAUAGUCUUCUCUACAUAUGCUACAAUAUAUGUAUCUACAUAUGCUACAAUAUAUGUGUUCUGAAUUCAUUCAUACGCCUGUUAAGUAUAAGCAGGUAGAAAAAAAAACUUAACCGGAUAAUCUUUUACAAAAAUAACGCUUUUUAUAAUUUUUAUUUUGACAUAACAGAUUGUGUCUUAGUCACGAUCUAAUAUCUAUAUAUAAAAAAUGAAAAGCAAUGAUAGAAAGGUGCAAUUGGGUUUUUGUUUUUAGAUCAUAAUUAUGUUUAUGUUUUUAACUUUUUAUACAUUUGUAAUUGUUUUUGCAAAAUUUGAGUGUGCAUAUAUAAUAAACACUCACACAUUUUAA